UAUUACUAUGAUAAAAUCUUUUUCUCUGACUCGCGGUCGCGCGCUCGGGGCCGCGCCUCGCUUCAUUAACAAAAAGCCUCUGAGGAGGGCGGGGCCAGGCUGAUGCGCGCGUCCCCGUCCCCGUCCCUUUGAGGCGCGCUCCCGGCCCGCGUCUCUCCCGUUCAGCUCCCGGUGAAGGAGCUCGGCUCUCUGCGGAAAGUUGAGUGUGUCCGGCGGCGUGGCGUCGUGCCGUGCCGUGCCGUGCCGUGUCGUGCUGCUCCUCCUCUGCGCUCAGACAUGCGUCUCCUCCUGCAGACAUGGGAUUUAUAACCGCGGGCUCUGCUGCAGCUUGUGUCCGUGCUCCGCUCUGAGCCCGGUUCCGACAGACCCGCUUCUUCACCUCAUUUGUCUGGCUUCAGCUCCGCCGGACUCAGACCGUUCGUUCGUUCCCGUUCACGCCGCUGAAGAUGGAGACGGUGAUGGAGAGGGAGUGCAGCGCGCUGGGGGGGCUGUUCCAGACCGUGAUAGGAGACAUGAAGGGCAGCUACCCUGUCUGGGACGACUUCAUCAGCAAGGCCAGCAAACUACAAUCACAGCUCAGGACGACGGUGGUCGCCGUAGCGGCCUUCCUGGACGCCUUUCAGAAGGUGGCCGACCUCGCAACCAACAGCCGAGGAGGCACCAGGGACAUCGGAUCAGCCCUCACCAGGAUGUGCAUGAGACACCGCAGCAUCGAGGCCAAACUCCGCCAGUUCUCCAUGGUGUUUCUGGACUGUCUGAUCAACCCGCUCCAGGAGCAGAUGGAGGAGUGGAAGAGAGUGGCCAACACUCUGGACAAAGAUCAUGCCAAAGAGUACAAGAAGGCCCGUCAGGAGAUCAAGAAGAGAUCUUCAGACACUCUGAAGCUGCAGAAGAAAGCGAAGAAAGCUGACGUGUUUGGUCGCGGGGACCUCCAGCCUCAGCUGGACAGCGCCAUGCAGGACGUCAGCGAUAAAUACCUGCUGCUGGAGGAGACGGAGAAGCAGGCGGUGAGGAAGGCGCUGGUGGAGGAGAGGAGUCGUUUCUGCUACUUCGUCUCCAUGCUGAAGCCGGUCGUGGAGGAGGAGAUGUCCAUGCUGGGGGAGAUCACUCACCUCCAGACUCUGACAGACGACCUGAAGACUCUGACCAUGGACCCGCACAAGCUGCCCGCCUCCAGCGAGCAGGUAAUCGUAGACCUGAAGGGCUCCGAGUGCACCUGGUCCUACCAGACUCCGCCCUCGUCACCGAGCACCACCGUAUCCAGGAAGUCGAGCAUGUGCAGCAGCCUGAACAGUGUGAACAGCAGCGACUCUCGCUCCAGCGGCUCACACUGCCACUCCCCAACGUCCCAUUUCCGUUACCGCGCCUCCUCCUCCUCUUCCUCCUCGGUGCUCCCUCAGCAGACGCCGGCCCGCCUCUCCUCCGUCUCCUCCCACGACUCUGGCUUCAUCUCCCAGGACGCCUUCCAGUCCAAAUCCCCUUCACCCAUGCCCCCGGAAAGCUCGCAGUUCUCAAACGGUUUUGACCAUCACGCUGCCCUCUGUCUGCACGGUGUGGUGCUGCAGCAGCCCCAGGACAUCCACCUCCACCCACCAUACUUCACCUACUCCUCCUCCACCACCACCACCACCUCUCCCAUCUCAUCACCCACCUAUUCGUCCGUCUCUCCCACGUGGCCGUGGUCUCGUUCGGGCUCCGGCCAGUCGGGGGAGCUGUUCCCGCCUCUCAGCCCGUCAGGGCUCGGAAUGAUCCCUUCGUCCAGAGUCCCGUCCUGGAAGGACUGGGCUAAACCGGGCCCGUAUGAACAGUCGAUGGUCAACACCCUUAAGAGGAGCAAGGACAGGAGAGAGACUACAGAUACCAGCAGCCACCAGGGCGCUGAGGUCACCACACCAGGGGAGGAACCACAAGGGGUUAAAGGAAGUCACUCUGUGAUGUCACACAAGCAGGAGGACCGGGAGGCCCACGAGGAGUUGGCCCGAGCUCUGGCCCGAGGCCUCCACUUGGACAUCCACGGCUCCAGCAGGGACUCACUGCAGGGCUCCAGCGGCUACAGCAGCCAGACCAACACACCCUGCUGCUCUGAGGACACCAUCCCCUCACAAGUAUCGGACUGCGACUACUACUCCGUUGGGGCGGAUCAGGAGGGCGAGCAUCAGCAGUCGUCGUCGGACUUUGAUAAAUCUUCCACCAUCCCCAGAAACAGCGACAUAAGUCAGUCCUACCGCCGCAUGUUCCAGUCCAAACGUCCUGCCUCUACUGCUGGGCUGCCCUCUAACCCCUCUGCCGUGAUCACCCCAGGGGUUGCCACCAUCCGACGGACGCCGUCCUCCAAACCCAACCUGCGACGGCCUUCUGGGGGCCUCAGCUUGGGCCCCAUCCCCAUCAAGCCCCCCAUGAUCCCAGUCAAGACUCCCACCGUGCCUGAACACCCCGGUUUCCCCAGCAGGGCGUCAUCCGAGGACGGCAACGCACCACGAACCCCGCUCAGCCCCCCGACCACCCCUUUGUCACCAGGCAACAGCGGGCCAUUGUCAGUGAAGUCUGGCUCCUGCGAGACCCAGCACCUGGGCGAAGGAUCAGAUCCCCCAACCCCACCACCACAGCCCGGUGGUCGGGUGUCAGAGUGGGAACGCCGGCCUCUCCCAGAGCUCCUGGAGGAGACAGAAUACGGCGAAGUGGAGGACUUCCUGGUGGCUAUCCGACGAGGUGUCAGGCUCAAGAGGGCGAUGACCAAUGACCGAUCGGCACCGAGUAUUCACUGAGACCAGAAUGGUUGAUUUUACUUGAGCCAUUUUGUGUCCCUGGCUGAAUUUCAGCAACAACAAAGAAGGGACACAAAAUGGUUUUUACUAUGUAAACACAAAUGAGAGCGAUGACAUCAAAUGGACGCCAAGGAUAGGAGGAAGUUGCCCGGAGACUCUGAACAAGGAUCAGGAUUUUUGAUCACGGUGCAGUGAGUUCAUUACAGAAAUGCCAAAUUUAGUUUUUUGUUUGCACCAUCACCUUUUGGCCAAAGGGAAAUUGUGUAAACGAGGGAUGACGGACCCUGAAUUUGUAGUGUGUGCGGGGAGCGAUGUAGCUCGCACAGCUUUGGAUGUAGACUUAAACUCUCUCUUCUUAACUGAUCCAAACUAAAGGGAGUCGACACAUUUUCUUGCUUGGGGAAAUUGACUGUAGCACUUCGCCCGUAAACUGACAGUAUUGCACUCCAUUAACUCCAGUUACUUCUGGGAACACCGAUGCUGAUCCGAGAUCAUUUCCCCUGGGCAACUUCAGUACGAAGGUGUGGCUUGUCUUGUAGCAAAAAUGACUUGAAACAAUGUAAACAUUAAGUAAACGUUAACGCGUGUAGUAUUCGGAUUAAGAGACGGUACAUGGCGUAGGGAGGAGUUCUGGUGGUAAAAUGGAAGGAGCGAUGGAGUAUUUUCAAAAGAUCAAAUCAUUAUUUGUAUGUACAUAUUUAUAUUUUGAUGUGUUUGUAUGUUUUGUUUGUCAUAGGCUCCUUUUACAUCCCCGUAGUUUCCCCAUUUCCUCUAUAAAAGGUGCCAAAAAGCCAGAGUGCUGAAUUUAACUUAAAUAUUCUCUAUUUAACUGAAAUGGACUUUUUUUCUGUAAAAACAUAGACGGGGUGUUUGAUAGAGAACGAAGAAGAAAAACUGAGAGUAUUUGUAUAUGUAGGGUAGCAUAACGAAGAGUGCCGUGUAACCAUUCGCAACUAAGGAGUUUCAGUUAGUUAUUAAUACCACACUCAGUAGAUUGACCUGCAUGUUCUUAAAGGUUGCCCCAGUAUAAACAAACGUUUUGGCUUUAAAUUAGAUUUAUAAAGACAGUUAGCCUGUAAUAUCCCAGCGGUAGAUAUUGACUGUGUCAGCAGUAGUGGAAUCAGGGACUGCGGAUGCCAACAACUUGCAGGAUUAAGUCUGUCAGGAUGUCCCGUCGUCGAUUCUCUGAACCGAAAAUCUAAAAUAUCGUUUUCAAGGAACUGUCUUUUCUGGAAAGCACUUUGUACUAAAAAAAACAUGAUGCCAAAUCUACUUUCUGAUUCAAAUCAACCUUCGUCUGAACGAUCGAAUCUCUAGAGAUUGAUCUUUAAAUAUAUACCUCGCCUUAACUUUGUUACUGUUCCAAACAGAGGUCAAAUAUUGCAGAAAUGCCACAUCUGUCCCUCGUAUCUAGAGACGCAAUCGGCAAAAAAAACAUCUUCCAGGGCCUGAGUGCCAAUUUACAAGUUCUCCUAUGGCAAAGCCACGACCUCCUAUUCUUCUUCUGAUUGGUACUCUAACCCUAUCUAACCCAACCAACCAAUGAGUAGUGAGUACUAGCCAAUCAGACAGUAGGAGGCAUCAUUCCUUGGUCAUAGUACGAAUGCAGAACUUGAUCUUGACACUCUAAGUUAAAGUAACGUCCACCAGACGCGUACCAUCUUUGCACUACCAACGUAGUUUUCAGAGAAUCUUGUGUACAUCCAAACAAAUUGGUAUCGUAUCCGCAAUGCCGAAGUCCAACCUCUGCAGACAGACCUGAUCUGCGACUUGUUGGCCUCCCAGCUUCACCCUCUGUUCUGUUCUCAUUGUUCAACUUUUAACAUGUUGCUAAUCUACCAACUACAUAGCAACACUGUACACUGUGUGUUAGCCGACACUUCCAAAGUCCACGAUAGUAAUAGAGGUUGUUCCUACAGGUUCCGUGUUACUACUUAGAUAGAGUAAUUGGAGUAAUGUGGAUUAGUGUUGGUCUGUUGUAGUGAAAGCCAGUGUGCCGAGGAUGGCGAGUUGUAUUUAGUGGGCACAGAUGUGGACGAGUCGAAGCUUCAGUGUUGGGACAGUGUGCAGUGGUUUGAUCUGAAUUUCUUUAAGUUUUGGACUGUUGGGCAAACAAAAUAUGAAUUAUCUGGAGUUUUUUAGACUUUAGAGUAAAUAGGUCACAGAUUAAUUGAUAUUGAGAUUGAUUGGGCUCACUAAAAUGAAAAAAUACAGACACUGGUAGUUCACUGUCCCAACACAUGAAUGGAAAACGACUCAGAGGCGCCACGUGAAGUGUAAAUUUGGAAGGAGAGUAGAUAUAUAAACUGGCUGAGCAUCUAGCCUCCUAAACCGUCUGUGCUUACUCGCCAUCAAACACCAACUGUCCAGUGCACGGGGUGUUUUUCAGGUGGUUUAACGCAGCCAUGGUGGAGGUCUUUAGCUCGGUCUUCUUUGGUUUACCAAGACCCGAAUCUCUGCUACGUAGACCUCCAUCACGGUGCCAGACGAGAACUGAAAACCAGCCGUGGUUGAAUCGACGGUUACAACAGAACACAAGCGCAUGAUGCCGUGCGGCGAUAACACAUAUAUAAACCUGUAAUACCUUGUAAUUACUAAAUGUUGAAUAGCCCGAUGAGCUAAAAAUGGAAACUCGUGUUAGCAGGUGAUUAGCGUAACAAGCUGAAAUAGUCAAAAACUUCCCUGUUGCUACUAAAUAGAGUCAAAUAAUUUAUGUAUUUAUUCAUUUCAUCCUUUUUAUUUGUGGCUUGACACGCUUCUAAACCCCCACCUGUCCUGUUGAGCAUAUAAAACAUAUUAACAAAUAUAUUUAAUAUGCAUGUUGUCCUUUUUUUUAGUUGAGCAAAAGAUUUAAUAGGCUGCUUUUUUCUACUGGAGCUGAUCUUUUUGUCCUCGGUUGGUUCUGCCUCUGCUGGACCAGAAUGCAUUUUAGAUGCUGUCCGCUCUCCGAUCUGUUUCCCUGCAGGGAUCGUUAAUGUUUCAUAUUCUGUGUGACAGCAGUUUGACACGUGUAUGAUGACUGAAGCCUGUCUGUCUGUUUUAUAUCCCUCUGUUCGUUUUCCCAGCGCAGGUUUAACGAAUACAGUCUGACGCGAUAACAAGCGUAUGAAGCCGAAUGUUCGCGCCUGUGAGGACUCAGUAAGUGUGUAUGUUGUUAUCAAGAUCUCAUUUUAAUUUGACACAAAUUGCCAAAUGUCCUGCAGUAUGUGCUGAAUGAUGCCCUGGGCUUCUCUGUUUAUUCUCACAAGGUGUUCCAGUGUCAUUUGACAGUUAAAUAUGAACAAUCUGGGUAAAAUUAGUACUAUCACCGUCCUAAACUGGACUUUUCCAUCACUCAGCGGCGUGUGUUUCAGGAAGAAUGUUUAAUAAGAUGCUUGUUGGGAAACAUGUUUCAUUCUUGUUCCAUGUUUCGCUUGCAGGGUUCGUAAAGUCAAAUUCAAGCACGUUCAAGGUACCUAAACCAAAAAUGUCCAGGCUCUCCUGCCCUUAACAUUUAAAUUGUUAAAUUAAAAAAGAAGCUGUAACGUUCACAGAAUUAUGGAUCAACCAAGCAAAACAGAAAAUAUAAAGCUGAAAAAGAAGUUUCACAAACUUUAAAGAUUCUUAUGAACGCUGCGUUUGUUAGUUUAACAUCACUCAAGUCACUAUGAAGCUUUCCCUUCAGCGCUGUGCACACUCCCAUCACACUGUUACGACGGCUGGAAUGAAGCUUUUUUUAUUUCAUUACCUAUUUUUUCCACAGCUGAGCCAACACAAACAUUAUUAAACCUCAGAGAGCUGCACAGAGUUUGGAGUCUGCUAAAAAUCGAAAACCAGCCUCGACUUGCCCUCGAUGGCAGGAGGGAUUAAAGCGGGAAUCAUUUGAGACUCGGAGGAAGUAUUAAUGCCCCGAAGAACCAAAAAUGUUCUCAAUUAAACACGUGCACAUGAUGCUCGAGUUAAUUACACUCCUGAAAAGGAUAAUCAGUCAUAAUCAACACUUAGCUUUGGGAAGGACCGGACACAGCCUCAUUUAUUAAGAGACGUUAAACGUCAAACAUACGCUCAAAGAUUCCUGGACGAGCCUCGUGUGAUGCCAGUAUUUACAAAUAAAUAAAUCUAAAUUCAGAAAUCAUCUCCACUAACUUCAUGACUCAUUAAUAAGUGAUUUUUAUGUGACGUUUAGCUGAUAAAGUUUCCUUUGUUUGACUGGACUUGAACCUGAAUGUCAAACUUUAAACAUGUAAGACGUAUAAGAAGAAACUACAUUACCCAGAAGGUAUCACACUUAUCUGUCUGUCUGUUUGAGUUGUUUUUCGUAUCACGUCCUUUAUGUUUCAUGUUCGGUUCCUGAAUACUAACUGUCUAUUUUCUAUGUAUACCAGCUGUUUUGGCUAAAUAAUAAAAUGGUAGCAUACGAUGUGCAUCUGAUGACAAUAA